GCAGCGGGGAGGAGAACAUAGAUCGAAUUCGAGGCAGAAUAUGGCAUCCCUGUCCCUGGCAAGGAGAGCAGCGGCGCUCUCACCGAUCGGGAUGAGGAUCAGGGCCUCUCUCGCCUCCAUCUCUCCUUCCAAUCCCUGCCUUCUCCUUUCCAAAUAUCCAGUUUCUGGAAGAUUUGGAUUGUCAAAGGUUUGGCCAAAGUGUCGUCGGCUCGUUUCACCAAUUUAUGCACCAGGGUCGGAGCCAGUAUUCAAUAUGCAGAGGAUAUUUUUGCAAAGCUUUAAACCAUCUGAAAGGAAGUUAUUAACUGGAAGUUUACUCGGGAUCACUGUUGUAGCUGGAAUGAUGAAUCCUCAGUCACAUGUUGCAUAUGCUAUGGAUGAUUUUGAGGACAUUGAACAACCUUCAGGGUAUUUAAAGGAUGACCUAAAUGCCUUCUGGACUUUGGCAAGAAAAUUUCAGCUGCCAGCUGUACUGCUUAUGACAGUGUUGUUGGGAUGGAGGCAUCCUCUUACACUUGCCAUUAAUAUUGCUCUUCUUCUUUUCUGCACAAGGCCCAGCCCUUUGUCGGCGUAUAUUUUCAUUGAGCAGCUACGUCAGAGAGAUAUGCGCCGAGAUCCUAGACUUCAUAAAUCAAAGUUCUUCUAUGCGAAGAAAGUCGAAGUUGAAGAUUACAAGUUCCUAUGCUUAGCAGAGGUUGAAUUAAGAGAUGUAAAGCUGAAAAUUAUUGGACUCUUGGGUGGUUGGUGGGUUGUUCAUACUUCAAGAAUUUAGGGUGACACAGGAUCAUGAAGAUGAAACUUUAUGAAUCACGGGUGGCAGUUUGGUCACCCAAGUUUGAAAGUACAAUGGAUUAGACCGAGGUAUAGUGUAGUUUUUGGAUAAAAUUAGCAGCUGUGAUACCAUAUGAAAUUUUACUCUUGCAGUUGCAGGUACUGGCUCUGCUCUCGCUGAAGGGUUUUUGUAAUUGAAUGGCUUUACAUUCAGAGCAGCAGAAUUUGCUUGGCAGGGCUUUUUCCCUUUUUCAUCUCUGCCAGGAGUUCAAUUGUUUUCUGAUUUUUUGUCAUUGAAUUGGGCGUGCCUGCAUCAUGACCAUGAUUCAGUAAGCCUUAUUAGCUGGGAUAAUGGCUGCAAGCGGGUCCAUCAAUCUCCAGCCAGUGCGGAUCCAAGUUUGGAAUCUUGUCAGGUUCAAAUGCAUUCAGGUCUAUCACAUCCUUCUGGAUCUGAUUUAAUCUGGGUUAUGUGAAUAGACUUGAUCUGACUCAUCUGAGCAGAUCGUAUUGGGUGGUCCAGAAGGUCCAGGAUGUUUCAUGAAAUUCAGGCUUCAUCUGAACGUGUUAAUGUAAAUUAGCAACUUGUGUCUAGAUCUAAUUUGUCUACACUAUGAAGCACAUUCCUGGACGGAACCUAGAUACUUGCUCUUGAGAAUGUUUAAGAUAUUACAGUGGGAGCGAGGGUCAUUGUGCAAAUAUGAUAUGCUUAGAUAUCAGGGUUGAUUUCUCUA